AUGGCAUCUUCAACGGCGAGAUCUACAGCAAAACCCUUCCUCAUGUUCCAGAAUGGCCAAGCAUCCUCUGCCAUCAGCUUCUACAUCUCCACCAUCCCCCACUCGCACAUUAUAUCCCUGGACCACUACGUUUCGGGUGAAGCUGGUGCGGAAGGAACAGUGAAGAUGGCCAAGGUCUCCAUCGCUGGCCUGGAAGUUAUGAUCAUUGACAGCGCCGUCAAGCAUGACUUUGACUUCACCCCUUCAAUGUCCUUUUUUGUGGAUUUCAAGGACGAAGAGGAGGUCGAAAAGGUCUACAAUAGUCUUCUGGAGGGCCAAGGGGAUGGAGGAAAAGGAAAAGUGAUGAUGCCGCUGGACGGCUAUUGGUUCAGUCGGAAGUUUGCAUGGGUUCAGGAUCGGUGGGGAGUCAGUUGGCAGCUUAAUCUGGAAUGA